CAACGAACACAAAGAUGGCGGGGCAUGGACAGGGACAAGUACAGAGACAUAUUCAGCAGGACUGGCGUGAACGCGAAUAUAUAGAAGUCAUGACAGGAAGCAUCAAGAGGAUUGCAGACUUCUUAAACUCUUUUGACACAUCCGUAAGGUCCAGACUGGCCACGCUGAACGAAAAGUUAAUGCAGUUAGAACGACGCGUAGAAUACAUAGAAGCUAGAAUCACAAAAGGAGAGACAUUGCAUUAACAGAACCUUUACCUGAUGCUGAUACAGGAAUGUGGCACUUGAUGAAGAUCUGAGAUUAUAAUCAUACAGUGCACUUGUGUGUGUUGAUGUAAGAGGAGACAAUGUUAAGAUUGUGGUUGGAAGUGGAUGCACUAUGUACAUGGGGCACAAGAUGGUGCUUCAAGCCCUCAUUGAAGAAAGUGAAAGACUGACAGGAUUUUCACUAACAUGUUAUGGUAGAGAAAUGCAAGCGUGUGUUUGUGGUAUGCUUUUCUUUGUAGAUACAUUAUAUUAUCUGCAUGUAAAUAUUUGUAGACAUCUUAGCUAUUCAGUUGUUUUUAGAACACUGUGAUUUGGUUUUUGAAUAGUCAGUGGUAAUAGAAUCCUGUUUCAGUCCUAUUUCAUAACUAAAGUGCAGCACUUGCUUAUCUUGAAAGUAUAUACAUCAUUAUUGACAUAGUUUGUACAACAAUGUUAAAUCAUCACAAUCUCAUUAUAAUUACUAUUGUAAAUAAAUGUGAUGGUAGAGGUGGGGGAGUUUCUCUGUAUAUGCAAAGGACAUUUUCCUGAGGUCAUUCAGCAGGAAUUUUGCAUUUCAGUACGGUUCUUAAAUUAGGCAAGAAAUCUAGGAUACUGUUCGAUCAAAGCGAGUAAAAUUGUCUCUAUACAAAACUCAUAAAGUUGUCAAACCAACUUUUGUAUCCAAAAAUAAAUAAAAGUCUAUUGUUUUUCCUUUUUCUUAAAAAAUGUGCUUAGAAAAUUAGAGUAUUAAUGAUUUGCAGAUCUCAAAAUACUGUGACCUUGUCAUUGAAUCUUUUGAUCUUGUGUAUGUACCCUACGACUGGGACCUACAUCAGUUCUGGAAAAAAGUUCUGGAAUCAUUUCUGGGUAAGAGAGAAAUAUAUAAUUUUUGAUCCCAAGUAAAAAUGCCGUUGACAUGUCUAUGUUAUACAUCAGUUCAGAUCUGGUGAAUUUGCAAUAUGGAAUGUUGAGUGAUAUAUUCAAAAAAGUUAUUUAAAUAUUAUAGGAGCUACUACAUCAUUUGUUACUUAAAGAAAUGCAAUGACUAGAAGAAUAUAGUUUGGAAUCACACUAUUAGAUUUUGCCCAUGGGAAUGGCCAUAUUUUCUGUGUUCUGUUAAGAAAGGGAGAUAAAUGUUGAAUGCAAUAAAUUACUGUUGUAAAAAGUAGUUCCCCAAUAUAUGAUUGGAGAGUUGAGGUACAAGUACUUCCCAUCUUUGCUUGAAGUAAAAUACAUGUAUAUGAUUUUAUAGAUUAGCUGUGAAAGUUCAUAUUUAUCAGAAAUGUGAUAUUUGUGUCACAUAAAUAUGAUGUGAACAAUAAUUCUUUCCUUAUGAACGAUGAUUCUCAGUAACAAUUUAAAAAAAUAUCAAUUUCAGUUCAUUUUUAGAGAAGGGUGAACUUGUGCUGACUGCAGUUUGUCUCAUGAAACACCAUCAGUAGACUCACAGUCUUGUUGAUGCAUGUGUUAACUGCCUUGUGUCUGCAUUUUUUUGUUAAGCUCAGGUUUUAUAUCAAUCUUCUUGCCCAGUCAUUCUCCAAAUUGGUAGACAUCAACACACAACAUUUAAGACGAGGAAUAUAAUUAAUUCAGUGGAUUUUAUGUAGAGUAAUUGCCAUAACCAGGAAAUUGUUUCCGUUUCUGACUUAACUUUUGUACUGUUACUUUUACUUCAAUCUCUUUGAAAUGCGAAAUAACGACGGAACUCAACUGGAGCUUAAUUCCAGUCAUUAUUUGUAUGCGGAGGAUCUCUGUGGCCGAGGGGGGUAGCAAUCCAGCACGACUCAGUGAGCCAGGAACCUCCCACCAAUGCAGUCGCUGUGAGUUUAAGUCCAGCUAGCUUCCUCUCCGUGAGAAGGUCUGCCAUCAACCUGCAGAUGGUCGUGGGUUUCCUCCCACCAUAAUGUUGGCUGCUGUCGGAUAAGUGAAAUAUUCUUGAGUACGGCAUACAAUACCUAUCAAGUAAAUAAAAAAAUACAAAUAAA